ACAGACGACACGUCCUCGCAGCUGGUGUCUACGCACGGUCUGUAACCCGUGGUUCGAGCACGUGUCCAUGAUGGUGAUCCUCCUGAACUGUGUGACUUUGGGGUUGUACCAACCCUGUGAAGACGUCACCUGUCAGGCAGAGUGGUGCCUCGUGCUACAGGUGUUUGAUGACUGUAUCUUUGCGUUUUUCGCGGUGGAGAUGGUCAUUAAGAUGGUGGCUCUGGGGAUCUUCGGUUCUAAGUGUUACCUUGGCGACACCUGGAACCGACUGGACUUCUUCAUCGUCAUGGCAGGGAUGAUGGAGUAUUCUCUAGACGGACACAACGCUAGUCUGUCAGCUAUCAGAACCGUGCGAGUGCUUCGGCCGCUGCGGGCUAUCAACAGAGUCCCUAGUAUGCGUAUCUUGGUAACUCUGCUCCUAGACACUCUCCCCAUGCUGGGUAACGUCCUGCUCCUCUGUUUCUUCGUCUUCUUCAUCUUCGGCAUCGUCGGCGUGCAGCUGUGGGCGGGGCUACUGAGAAACAGGUGCUUCAUGGGAGAAGACUUCAGAACGCUCUAUAACCUGUCGUUAAGUGUGUACUACCAGCCGGAGGAGGGAGAGGAGGACCCCUUCAUCUGCUCAGCAAUUCGGGAGAACGGAAUGUUGCGUUGCCAUGACGUCCCGCCCUACAGCGAGGGAGGGGCUGAGUGCUCACUGCCCGCGCCCUCUCUCGGCGGGGAGGGCGGGGCCAGAGACGGCUGUGUGAACUGGAACCAGUACUAUAACGUCUGUCGGCCCGGCAACGUCAACCCUCACAAAGGAGCGGUGAACUUUGACAACAUAGCCUACGCCUGGAUAGCCAUCUUCCAGGUGAUAACUCUGGAAGGCUGGGUGGACAUCAUGUACUACGUUAUGGAUGCCCACUCCUUCUACAAUUUUAUAUAUUUUAUACUGCUCAUCAUAGUGGGCUCUUUCUUCAUGAUCAACCUGUGCCUGGUAGUCAUAGCGACCCAGUUUGCGGAGACGAAGCAGCGCGAGAACGCGUUGAUGCGUGAGCAGCGAGCUCGUUACAUGUCCAACGACAGCACUCUGGCCAGCUACAGAGAACCGGGAUCCUGCUAUGAGGAGAUGCUGAGAUAUGUUUCGCACCUCUACCGCAAACUGACCCGACGAGUACAACGUCUGUACACUACCUGGCACAGUAAACGUCGUAAGAAGGUAAACCCUGACGGAGGAGGAAGCGGUCCGGGGAUCGCUCGCAGAGCGUCCGGAAACGUCCCCUGGCUCCGCCCCGUACACAACCUUCUGCAGCAUCACCAGCGUCACCACUGUCGGCAUAGCAACGGAGGACACACGCCCGUAGCAACAGGUGGGGAGGAGCUGGAGAUGAGGUCACUUCCUGUCCCGGGUCGUGACCCCUCUGUGACCCCUGGGCUGGGGUCGUCUCUCCAGGGUCGUCUGAACGGAGGGAUGAACUACCCCACCAUCCUGCCCUCCUUCGUCUGCAGCUGCCCCCGCUCCACCCCCACACACCCCCACAAGACCCUCCCCACAAACCCCCACAACCCCCACAACUCC